AUGAAUGAAUUAUCUGUAAGUGAAGCAUCGAAUGAAAAUGAAUCGGAGUCUUUUGACUUUAUAUGGGAAGAAUGGGAAGAAUAUAAAGGGGAUAUACCGUUGUGGCAACAUAUAUUUUGUGGUAGUAUUGCUGGUUUAAUGGAACAUGUUUUUAUGUAUCCAUUAGAUACUAUAAAAACUUAUUUCCAAACAAAUACUAAUUUAAAUUGUAAGAAAAGUUUUAAAAAGUGUAACUUGUAUAAUUGCCAUAAUAAUAUCAAAGAAUUAAACACACCUAUACAUAUUGAUAAAAGAAACUUUUGCUCCGCAGUUGGGUGUGAUAACUGCUUAAAUAAAACAUGUAAUUACGAAAAUUAUUGUAAUAUUAAAACAAUCCCAUGUGAAAAUAAAAGGAUUGCUACAUACAUAAAUAUAUUAGAUAUAUUAAAAAAAAAAAAUAAAUUAAAUAGGUUCCAUCACGACAAUUAUAAAUUGUACAACAGUAAAAUAAACCAUAUAGUAAAUAAAAAAUUACAAUACCAUAAUUACUGUAAUAAAAGAAUUAAUAGAUAUUCAAAUAAUUAUAAAUGUUUUAAUUCUUAUUAUAAGUAUUUAUUAAAUCUGAAAAAGAAUGGAACCAAUUUAUGUAUUAACUCUAAGGAAAUUAACUCAAAUAAGUUAUAUAACUGCAAAAAUAAAAGAAUUAAUUAUUUAAAAAGAAAUAUGAAUAACUUAGAAAAUUAUUCAGGUAAAGAUGUUAUGAUUAAAUUGGAUAAAUUAUCUAAUAUUUAUAAAAACAAUGUGAAAAAUGGUAUUAAAAAACUAUCAUAUAAUGAUAAAAAACAGUUAUCUUUACUUUCACUUCGUCUUAAGGAAAAAAAAAUGUAUAGCUCAAAAAAAGUUGCAUCGAAAAUUAUUUUAAAAAAAAUUAAAAAAAAAUAUAAAGGUAAUAUUAAUUAUUACAAGUAUUCAUUCAAUAAUAAUAAUACAAAAAAUUAUGGUAAUAAAAAAUUAAGAUUAUUAAAUACAUAUGUAAAUAUAAAACAGAAUAAUUAUGUUUAUUUAAAAAAUAAUAAUUUCAUAUUUAACAAAUAUAUGGGGAAAUUUUUGAAAAUAGAAGGAAAUAAUCGUUUUAUUUCUAUUUUUAGUAAAAAUAAAUUAACAUUGAUGAAUAAUUUAAAAAAUAUAUAUAUUCAUAUUAUAAAUAAGUGUUUUAAUACGAAUAAUUUUAACAAUAAUAAUAAAAGCAAAUAUAUUUUAAAAUUUCCACAUCAAAAUUUUUUAUAUGAUGGAAAUAAAAACACUUAUAAAACAUUAAAUAAUACUUUAAAUUUUCUUAAAAAAACGAAUUAUCAUAAUUUAAAUAAUAUAUUUAAAAAAAGUUUUAUAUAUCAAAAUUAUUUGAAUAUUUUAAAUACGCAGAAGAGGAAAAAUCAUUUAAAUGUUUUUGUAAACUUAUUUCAAAAUAUGAAAAACUUUUUAAACCAUGUUACACAUAAAAAUAUAUCAUUAGAAAAUAACAAAAUAAUUAAAAAAAAUGAUAUAUUUUCAUUUUUAAAUAAUGAAAGAAAUAUCUUAUUAAAUAAUAUAUAUUAUUUUCCAAAAAAUAAUAAUACAUAUUUAUUUGAUAGAAAUAUUAAUUUCUUAAGUAAAUUUAAUCUUUAUAAAAAUAAUAAUACAAAUUUGUUUGAUAGAAAUAUUCAUUCUUCAAGCAAAUUUAACUUUUAUAAAAAGAAUACCUACGAUGUAAAUAGGUUUAAUAACAGUUUUAAAAAUUUUAGUUUUUUUAAAAAUAUCUUUUUACUUAAAAAUAAAAAAAAUGAUGUAAAUGUAAUCAGAUAUAAUUGUAACCUAAUAAGAAAUAAUUUUUCUCAUUUAUAUAAAGGAGUAAAUGUUGUAAUGCUAGGAUGCAUUCCGGCUCAUGCUUUGUAUUUUUCAACUUUUGAGUACAGUAAAAAAUAUUUUUCAAGUAUUUCAAAUAAUUCAUCUAUAAGAAUUUUAAAUAAUAAAAAACCUGAAUCAAUUAAUUACAAAUUAAAUGAUUUAAAUUAUUUUAGCAUAAUUGUAUCAGGAUUUUUAGCAACCAUAGCACACGAUUUAAUUAUUACACCUAUAGAUACAUUAAAACAAAGGAUACAAUUAGGAAUAAAUAGAAAUGGUUUAGAAUCUAUAAAAAUAUUAAAAGAAAAUGGUAUAAGGAGUUUAUAUUUAAGUUUACCAAUAACACUGUUAAUGAAUAUACCUUAUCAGAUUAUUAUGAUUUGUACAAAUGAACGGAUGAAAAAGUUUUAUUUUGAAUAUAUAUGUAAUUUUAGUAACAUAAAUAAAAAUAGUUCGGAAAAUAAAUAUAAUAAGAUAGAGGACAAUAACAUAAAAAAAAAACACAACAAAAAUAUAGAAGGAAAUAUUAAAAACGUAAGUAUUAUAAAUGAUUUAAAAAAUAAUCAUGAAAAAAAUUAUUAUGAAAAUAAUAAUGCUGAUAAAAUAAUAAAUAACUUAAAUAAAGAAAGUGAUAAGAUGAAAUUAAUAAAAUUUUAUAUUGACCAAGAUUUAUAUUCAUUGAAUAAUUCAAGUAAAAAUAAAGAAAGUAAAUUUGUUCAAGGAGAUGAAGUAAAUGAAGAGAAAAUAGUGAAAACACUUUCUAAUGAGAAACAUAAUUCUGAUAUUUUAUUUAAGGAAAUUAUCAAAAAAUUAGAGAACAAUUGUAAUAAUCAUCCAGAAAGUUGUGACAAUAAGAUAAGGAAUUCAUUGAAUUUUGAACAGAAAAAUUAUAUUGAUUUAAAAAAUAUUUGGAUGAAUAAUUAUAAAAAUGAUUCUUUUAGUAAACAUUUUAAUCACAUUACUUCAUAUUUUGUAUGUGCAGGAAUUGGUGGGGGAAUAGCAGCUAUAUUAACUAAUCCAUUUGAUGUUAUAAAAACAAGAAUUCAAACUGAAUGCUUUAAUACAAAAGGAUUUCAAUUUUUUAAAGUUGUAUCUAAUUUAUAUUAUAAAGAAGGUUUGGGCUCUUUUUUUAAAGGAUCUCUAGCAAGAAUGGCAUUAUGUAUACCUGCAUCAGCCAUAUCAUGGGGAUCGUAUGAAACGAUGAAACGAUUUUUUAAAAUUAAUUUUAAUUCAAUUUAA